UUAUGGUCGUUGGACACUACUUUCGAGCCCAUUACAUUUAAUAUCCUUUAAAAUAAAAAAUAAAGAAGGCGAAAACAGUUUCCCCCAAAUUCUCAUAAUUUUCACAAACAACCUCUCGUCUUCUAGGUUAAUCCAAUUUCGUCGAUUCAUGAAGUUCACAAUUCUCCCAUCGGAAAAUUCUUCGUAAUCGACGACGAAGAGAUCAUGAGUACCGUCGGAGGUAUAGAGCAGUUGAUACCUGAUUCCGUUUCAACGUCGUUCAUCGAAACGGUGAACGGUUCGCACCAGUUCACGAUUCAAGGUUACUCUCUAGCCAAAGGCAUGAGCCCUGGGAAGUUUAUACAGAGCGAUAUCUUCUCCGUUGGUGGAUACGAUUGGGCGAUUUACUUCUAUCCUGAUGGGAAGAACCCGGAGGACCAGUCCUCGUAUAUCUCUUUGUUCAUCGCUUUAGCGAGUGAUUCUAAUGAUAUUAGGGCUUUGUUUGAGCUUACGCUUAUGGAUCAGAGUGGGAAAGGGAAACAUAAGGUGCAUAGUCACUUUGAUCGGGCGCUUGAAGGUGGUCCUUAUACACUUAAGUAUAAAGGAAGCAUGUGGGGUUACAAACGCUUUUUCAAACGAUCAGCUUUAGAAACCUCUGACUACUUAAAGGAUGAUUGUCUUGUCAUCAAUUGUACUGUUGGCGUUGUUAGAGCCCGACUCGAGGGUCCAAAACAGUAUGGCAUUGUGCUACCCCUGUCGAAUAUGGGUCAGGGAUUGAAAGACUUGUUAGAUUCUGAAGUUGGUUGUGACAUAGCUUUCCAAGUCGGAGAUGAAACAUACAAAGCUCACAAACUGAUUCUCGCGGCACGCUCCCCAGUUUUUAGAGCUCAGUUUUUUGGACCAAUUGGGAAUAACAAUGUGGAUAGAAUAGUGAUAGACGACAUCGAACCUUCUAUCUUCAAGGCUAUGCUUAGCUUCAUUUACACCGAUGUACUUCCUAAUGUGCAUGAAAUUACCGGGUCAACUUCUGCCAGUUCGUUUACAAACAUGAUACAACAUCUCUUGGCAGCUGCUGACCUCUAUGACCUUGCAAGGUUAAAGAUAUUAUGUGAAGUUUUGCUAUGCGAAAAACUUGAUGUUGAUAAUGUGGCAACAACACUUGCGUUGGCUGAACAGCACCAAUUCUUACAGCUCAAAGCGUUCUGCUUAGAAUUUGUUGCAUCUCCAGCAAACUUGGGAGGAGACUCGAUGCUUGAUUAGACGGCUUGAGGUUUAUCAUCCUCAACUAGCUGUAAUGAAGUCCGAAGGGUUCAAGCACUUGAAACAGAGCUGUCCCACUUUGUUAUCUGAGUUGCUGAACACUGUUGCAGCAGCAGAUAAGAGCUCGACGAGUGGACAAUCAAACAAGAAAAGAAGUGCGAGCAGUGUAUUAGGGUGUGACACUACAAAUGUGAGGCAAUUGAGGAGGAGAACACGAAAAGAAGUGCGAGCAGUGUCUUAGGAUCAUUACAUACCGUAUGCAAAAUUCUAGAAUUAUGCAUUGUGUUUCAAGCAGAGUUUAUGAAUUCCAAGUCAUCCCGUGAACUUUUUUACCAGUGAGAAUUAUAGAGGCCUGAACUCUGAACCAAACUGUUUGUGUCAAUCAUUUUACAUUUCUGGACAAAAGAAAGUACAAUCUCCACAAAGAGCUGUGAGAAUUGACUCAAAACAAAUCCUAAAACUCUGUACCAGAUUGUUCAAUUUCUCAUUAAAUCCCACAAUAUGAUUUUCACGUCGCU